AUGUCCCCAGGGCACCACCACGAGACCCAUAAGCGGAAACGAACUUCUUUAGCGGUAUCCAACAGAUGUGACGGUCGUCGACCCUGCACAACAUGUGCGCAAAUAGGGACGGACUGUGUUUAUGGGUCCGAGACUAUCAACAAGAGCAAGAGCGACUUAAUCCUCGAUGUUGCCAUUCGGUCCGAAAAUUUACUGCAAGAAUUGUUUACACAACUGGCUGCCCGCCGCAGUCCAAGUCAGAUUCCCGCGGCGAUAUCACCCCAUGGAGUGAUUUCACCAAGCACGGUGAGCAAUGCUUAUCGCGGCGAAGGCCGCCCUGACCAUAUAUCCAAUGCUACACUAUCUCCUUUUCAUGCAUCCACUACCGAGUCAAUCCUGUCAUGGCCGCAAUUCGCCGAAUUUGGAAACUUGAUCAAAGAGCGCGGCUUCUCAGUUUUCCGGCUUGAAAGUAUGCGCGUGCCUCUUGCUCCUCGGCAUUCCACGGUACAGCCUUAUAUGCCCAAGCAAGAAGUGGAGAGCACGGUCCGGAGCUUUGAGCGUGGUAUCAAUUUCUGGUAUCCGACUAUGGCGAGAGCUAGGACGGAGGAGUUGACAGCACAUAUACUGUCGGGUACUUUUGAAGAGACCACAUCUUCAUGUCUCUCCUUGUUGAUGAUGGCUCUGGGCUGUUCCUGUCAGCUGGUUGGGUCUUUCGCGCAUCGGGAAACAUCCAAUGCAAGCGAUGUUGAUAGCCAACGGCAGGGACGGCUGAUGGGAGAGUUAUACUUUGACAGUGCCUUCAAGAAGAUUUACUUGGCCCAGGCAGGAUUCACCGCGGAUGCAGUGCAAUGUUUAUUUUUUACCGGGCCACUGCAAGCCUGGUCAUUCAUAAAUGCAGCUGCAACCAAAUGCCGACUUCUUUUAUCCUAUGACGUCCCGGACCAGAGCCCCCAACAGUUGGAAUGUCUUCGUCGAAUCUUUUGGUCGUGCUAUAUUCUUGAGAGCGAUUUUCUUGCCGAACUAGCCGGCCUUCCUCAAACAGGAAUCGCAGAAAUCGAAUCAUCAAUUCCUUUACCAGGCGAUUACUGCACGCAAGAGUCUGAAAAAGAUCAAGAGCAAUCGUCACUUUAUUUCCUCGCCUGUAUAUCUAUGCGACGACUUCUCAACCGCGUUCAUGAUCUUCUCUACGCUCGUGAUGCCGGUGUCGGUUUUGACAACCACCAAUUCCCAUCUGUCGUUUCGGAGCUGGCCUAUCAAUUAGACGAGUGGAAAGACCUCUUACCCUUGUCCUUCCAAUUCUCUGUGAAUUUGGACCCUACACGCACAGAGGAAGGUGCAUUUCUUCGCCAGCGAUAUUUGACUUGCAAAAGCGUCAUUUAUCGCCCAUAUCUCACUUGGGCCUUGUCCAACGGUGAUGCUGUGGAAAGGUGUCCUCCAAUUGUCUAUGAGGGGUCCAAGCUGUGUCUUGAGGCGUGUUGGAUGCAUGCGCAGAACUUGCGCAGUUUGCCUCACACCAUCAUGGUGGAUACGUGGAUUUGCUCCCUUUCUAUGGCAUCGGUGAUACUCAUCACAUUAGCGGCAUCUCGUGUUCGUGUCUUGCGACGACUCAUGUCGUCUACCGUUGUGGAUAUCGGGCCGCAUCUCAAUGACCUGUUGGCUCAAUGGGCGCAUAUCCCUGGAGGUGGGACGUCGCCCAGUGUCAUGGAAAGUAUCAGUUUGAUUGAGAAUGCCUCGACGUUGUUGAAGAUAACCUGGAACGAGAGUGGGCUCGAAGAAUAG